AUGUCGGUGAACGAUCAACCCCCCUCAGUGGACGUAACAAUCUCCCUACGCGCAAACCAACCCACUGCAGACCUUCAAAGUCUGGAUCAGCGAUUGAAGGGUCUUUCGGACGACGUGCUACCACCUCACCCCUACCUCCUGACUCUCCCGACGAAGGCGCCUUUUCGCCUAGCUUCCCGUUCCGUGAACAAUUGGGCAGUAGGACAUGAUCGGCCUUUUAGUCCAGAGGAACAAGAACUUCAAUACAUGACCUUUCUGACCCACAACGAUACAGAUUCGUUGCUGAAGGCCGUUGGAGACUGGUCUGACGAGAAGGGGCGCAUGAUGGCCGACCGGCCCACCGCGCCAACCACCGCAGAAACCCCCAAAGACACCAUCGCCAAAAAGAAAAUCAGCUUGAACGACUAUAAAAACCAAAAGAGCAGCGGUACUUCGCUGCCAACUCAUGAACGGAAAAAUCGAGAAGAGCUUCACCCGAUUACGCGCGAAGAAUCACAACAAACAACUAAAUCUGGUCUUGUCAAGAAAAGCGACAAGACCGAGUCACUCCAUCAACCUCACAAAUCACAAUCACAAUCGCAUAUUUCGCCUGAUAAAGGCCCAAAGAAACGACCGUCGACGUCUGAUCUUGAAGGCAUGGGUUCCUCGAUGACCCGAGGCCAGGAUAUGCAUUCAUCCAAAAAACGACGACUCUCUCCACCGGAGAAGGAGGGUCGCAGGGAUCCCACACCAACAAAAUCCAAUUCACCGAGAAUUCCCGCGCUUCUUUCCCCAACACUUCCUCCUACUGGACCUAAAUUGCCACGACUCCUAUCUCCCACCCUUCCACCGGAUAUCGAAAAGGAAUUAGCCAGGCUCGGAGAACGUUCACCUACUCGUCACUCCCCUAAACGCGACAUCAUAACAUCGAAACAGAAGCGAGAUGAUGCACCCCAGACCAGAACACCAAUUCCAACAAAUAGCGGCGCAGUUCCUAGUCUACAGAAUGGUCGCAUAGGUGGUCUCUCGAAGGAAACCAACCAGGAGCUGAUUGUCAGAUUACGGUAUGGAAAGGGGAACAAAAAACGGAUUGAAGCCCUGCUUAAAUUUUCCGGUAAAAGGAAAACGAAUCGGCCCGACUCCCCGUCUGGUCAUGACAUAGAUCCGGAUGAGAGCGCCUACGCCGAAAAAAAGAAGGGAGAAAAAGGGUCGAUCCGUGGGAAUGGUUUAUCUGAUCGAGUAAAGUCAAAGAACAGGCAUGACGACGAUCUUUCUAGCUCGGGGAUUGGGCAAUCAAAGGAAGCUAUCAAGGGUCUCGUUGAAAAGCCUCCAAUUCCGGCGUCUAAUUCCUCCAAUUCUUCUCGUCCUCACCCGCCGACAAACGACAAGGUGAAACCCAUAUCAUUGACACCGGUGAAGGAUUCCAAAGCCUCGAUACCCCGAAGAAAUGAUCUAGGAGAAGGCGAAGGAAGAACCCCGGUAAAUCUAACGACCAAGCGCCAUUCUAUCGAUCCAGGCACACGGGGUUCGCCAUCUCAGCCGGACGGUCGUUCUCGAAACAUAGAUCGACGAGCUUGGCGUGAAGAAUUUCAAAGAUUUAGCAGCAUUGGCCGUGAAUUAAAACAUGCCGCGGUCCGGUACAAUUCCAAGCCUGGCUCUUCAAGCAUUGAUGAAAAAUUGGCCGCCGUGACGGCUAUAGAAGCGAUCAUGUGCUUCAUUCUUGCAUUUGUGGCCGACGACCAAUGCAAGGUUCUUACACGACAAAUUGGAGACUCCUCGACCUGGCAAUCUAUCCUGGCGUACUGGCGGGUAGUGAAGAAGAACAGUGUCGCGUAUCCAGUGCUUCAUGGUCUUUGUCUGUUCCUGGGCGCCGUAUCAUACGGGGCCAUCCAUUCCCUGGAUCUCGAACGCCUCGCUGUCAGUCCUCUCCCGGGGGAGCAUACACCGGUGCCGACUCCUGGCAGUGACGGGAAUACUAUAUUAUCUGAUGAAAACAAGAAAAGCCGGAAGGAAUUUCUGGAAUUGAAGAAUCGAUUGCCGGAGUGUUGGAAAGAAUCACAGAAGCUAUGGUUAGAGGGCACUCGCAGCCUUUCUGAGGACGUUUUAAGCCGCGAGUUCCCCAAUACAUGGUCAUCGCGUUCUCAUAACCAUAGCGAACGAGGCAAAGCUAGUUUUAGACCUGGAGACUACGCCGGAGAUUAUUUUCUCCCUCUUGGAGGGACUACUCCGCCUAUCGAAGUAGUUCGAUUUGGCUGGUCUCUUCUUCAGGAGUGGUGUAUGCAAGAGAAGGUUGAUUGGAAUGGUCGCCUGGGUCUUUAG